AUGCGUAGCGCAAGAUGCAAGAUGCAAGUGAAGCGCAGUUUUCCAAUUGAUUCCUCGAAGACCAAGUUGAAGUCAAGAAUUAGCCCCAAAACAUAUGUCAUGGUUAUAGUUAGUCCGCUUAAGAAGAAAUUUGGAGACAUCCAGGACGGUUCAGUCGGCAUCGCACUCGCCCCUCAGACCGUAUAUUUUGCGGGGAAGGUCUACGGGUCCUACGUCCGCUCUCCUGCAAGUAAACCGAUUUUUGAAUCCGAUAUGGCCUUCCUUGCAAAAAUGAGGUGUGGUGCAAUCCCACUCAUUCGAGCCACUCAUGAAAUGGCACCACAGAGAGCAGUACCGCGAGUUCCAGUGUGUUUUGGAGUAGCUGCAACGACGCCGUAUGGCGAUAAAUGGCCAGGUCAUAAACGGGAAGCUUCUUCGAUAUCAACAAAGCAAUCUGUAAACCUCAGUUCGUCGAUCGCCUCCAAACUCUCGCUUGAUGGAAAAGUCACGGUCAUCACAGGAGGCAGUAGGGGAAUUGGAUUGGCCCUUGUUGAAGCAAUGGCUGGUCUCGGUAGUGAUGUCGCCAUUCUCGACAUUAUGGAGCCUCAGGUGGAUAUAGAAAAGCUGCAGAGCCAGUACAGCACUCACAUAAAACACUUCAAAACCGAUGUAACGCAAAAGGGGAGCUUGGAGAAUGCGUUUUCUGCAGCAACAAAAGAGCUUGGCCACAUCGACAACUGCGUAACUGCAGCGGGCCUUGCAUUGGACAAACCCUUCCUAGAAUAUGGGUGGGAGGAAUCCCGGCGCAUACUUGAUGUCAAUGUAAUCGGUUCAUUCUUUUCUGCUCAAUUGGCAGCCCGCCAAAUGAUGGAACAGGGGAACGGCGGCUCCAUCGUCAUGAUCUCAUCCAUGGCAGGCCACUGUGCUAUGCCAUCGCAGCGGGUUUCCAUCUAUGGUGCAUCGAAGGCAGCAAUUAAGUUGCUUGGGAAAGCCCUGGGGGUUGAAAUGGCACCUCACAACAUUAGGGUCAAUACGCUCUCUCCAGGAUACAUUGCUGAUGGAAUCAAUGGGGAGUUCAGCGACCUUGAGGGGGUUGUUAAUCGGAUUCCGCCCAUGGGGCGUAUUGGCCAGCGGGACAAUCUCACGAUGGCAGUAGCGUACCUGUUGAGUGAAGGGGCUUCGUACACCACAGGGGCAGAUAUAGCCGUCACUGGAGGCUUGCACAAUGGUAGAAUAGAACUCUGA